AUGAAUGCAGAGCCCACGAGAGAUGUUCCGUCACCUUCCACCGCAUCAAUAGCUCACCGUGCUAACAUAGCAAAGCUAAUAUCUCCUCUCAAACGUGUGAGACCUAGGAUACCGUUCUACGAGCUCGCUGCACACCGCGUGCCCACACUCUGGUCUUUGUACCGAGGUCUCAUGAAAAAUGCACCUGGAGAGGACAUUAAAUUUCGUAUCCGCAUGCUAUUCGAGUUGAAUCGCCAUAACACUAGCUCAAAGGCUACUCAGACUCUGUUGUCGACAGGACACAAAUGGCUGGACAUAUUUUCGAAAGCCAAGCAAGGUGAUACAAGACUCCAGGGUGUUCUCGACAGGUACAACAGAAUGAUUGCAGCCAAGCGUGAAAAAGAAACUUGGAAACAGAGGAUUCGAGACGAAUUCGACUGGCAAGCCAAGCUUCGCCACCGGCCCAUCUUCAAAGGCUCUUUCAUCGCUCCAAGUUUGUCGAACAAGCUUCUUCCUCGUCUAAGUCCGCAACCGAAAGCCAUAUCAGGUAUGAUCCACAAACGCCGCGUGGGUCGAGAUCGUCGAUACGAGCAAAGGGAAAGGUUGCAUGACUGGAUCGAUGACUUGAAGCGCGAGAGCUCGUUCGAAAAAUAUUUACUAGAUCACGUCCAUAACGAAGGACUUCAUUUUGAGCCUGUAUACAUGAAGUGCAUGCCUGACUGGGAACAACCUUUUCAAGAAAGACAACGCGAGAUCCACAAAACAUUUAUUCGCGAUGUUCAGCGGCUGGAGUCACCUCUUCCGCAAGAUCUACUUAGGGCUGGUAAGCAAGCUCGACGCGAAAAAGUAGCGAACAAAACUAAAGAGCGUGAACGCGAGAGACGAGGCGAGGUCAUCUUAUCAACUAUUAAACGCCGACGAAAAGGUCCUCCUGCGCAUGUGCUCGUGAAGAUGACAAAAAAUGACAAAAAAUUGGACAGAAUCGCAAGGAGUCCCAGCGAAGUGGGAUAUGUAGCCGCAGUCAAGAUGAAGCUUGGGUACAAGCUCCGGGAUCCUGAGAAGUGGAAAAUAGAGAAUGGUGCUGAACGGAACAUGGAACAACUCGAUCGAAUGGAAGCAGACAUCAGAGCAGAGAACGAGAGAAGGAGAAGUAAAACAGGGUCAUCAUCCCCAGGUACAUAA